GGUUGCGGGGCCUGGGGGCCGGACGGCUGUUUCCUGUCCUGGUGCAUGGUGGUCGGACGAAGGAAUUGUUGGAAAAUUUUCUCGGAGCAACAACUUUGAAAGAAAUUAGCUAUGAUAAGGAAAGAGAGGGGCCGGCUACUAUACCUGGGAAUGCAGCAGAAGAUGGCCUAAGUCUUUGGGUCCCUGCACCCACAUGAGAAACCUGGAUGGAUUUAGGCUCCUGGCUUUGGCUUGGCCCAUUCCCGGCCAUUACAGCAGAUGUAAGAUCUCUCUCUCUUCACCUCUCCAUCGUUUUUUGUAACUCUGCCUUUCAAAUAAAUAAAUAAAUAUUAAAAGAAAAAAAAAAGAAGAAGAAAAGGAGGGCUAGAAGCUGAGUAAGAGGUAGAAAAUGUUGUUAGCCCAAAUAAAUCGAGAUUCUCAGGGAAUGACAGAAUUUCCUGGAGGAGGAAUGGAGGCUCAGCAUGUUACCCUGUGCCUGACAGAGGCAGUAACUGUAGCAGAUGGUGACAAUUUAGAAAACAUGGAAGGUGUCAGCUUGCAAGCAGUAACACUUGCAGAUGGCUCUACUGCUUAUAUACAGCACAAUUCUAAAGAUGGAAAACUCAUAGAUGGUCAGGUCAUACAGUUGGAAGAUGGUUCUGCUGCCUAUGUUCAACAUGUACCCAUACCUAAAAGUACAGGGGACAGUUUGCGUCUAGAGGAUGGUCAAGCAGUGCAGUUGGAAGAUGGAACCACAGCAUUUAUUCACCAUACCUCCAAAGACAGUUACGACCAGAGCGCAUUACAGGCAGUUCAGCUGGAGGAUGGCACCACAGCUUAUAUUCACCAUGCGGUGCAAGUUCCACAGUCUGACACCAUCUUGGCCAUUCAAGCAGAUGGAACAGUGGCUGGUCUGCACACUGGGGAUGCCACAAUUGACCCCGACACCAUCAGUGCUUUGGAACAGUAUGCAGCAAAGGUGUCAAUUGAUGGAAGUGAAGGUAUUGCAGGUACUGGAAUGAUUGGAGAAAAUGAGCAAGAGAAAAAAAUGCAGAUUGUCUUACAAGGACAUGCAACAAGAGUAACUGCUAAAACUCAGCAGAGUGGAGAGAAGGCGUUUCGAUGUAAAUAUGAUGGAUGUGGAAAAUUGUAUACGACAGCUCAUCAUCUUAAGGUUCAUGAGAGGUCACAUACAGGAGACCGGCCUUAUCAGUGUGAGCAUGCAGGCUGUGGGAAAGCGUUUGCAACAGGUUAUGGGUUAAAAAGUCAUGUCCGAACUCAUACAGGAGAAAAGCCAUAUCGGUGUUCAGAAGAUAACUGUACUAAAUCUUUCAAAACUUCAGGAGAUCUACAGAAACAUAUCAGAACUCAUACAGGAGAAAGGCCCUUUAAGUGUCCCUUUGAAGGCUGUGGUCGGUCCUUUACAACAUCAAAUAUCAGGAAAGUCCAUGUUAGAACACAUACAGGAGAAAGACCUUAUUACUGCACAGAACCAGGAUGUGGGAGGGCAUUUGCCAGUGCAACUAAUUAUAAAAACCAUGUGAGGAUACACACAGGGGAAAAGCCAUAUGUUUGUACAGUUCCUGGGUGUGACAAAAGGUUUACAGAAUAUUCCAGUUUGUACAAACAUCAUGUUGUUCACACUCACUCCAAACCAUACAACUGUAACCACUGUGGGAAAACAUACAAGCAGAUCUCUACACUGGCCAUGCACAAACGGACAGCCCACAAUGACACUGAGCCCAUUGAGGAGGAACAGGAAGCCUUCUUCGAGCCUCCACCAGGUCAAGGUGAAGAUGUUCUUAAAGGGUCCCAGAUCACCUAUGUUACAGGUGUAGAUGGGGACGAUGUUGUGUCUACACAAGUAGCUACAGUAACCCAGUCUGGGUUGAGUCAGCAAGUUACACUUAUAUCCCAAGAUGGGACUCAGCAUGUCAACAUAUCUCAAGCUGACAUGCAGGCCAUUGGCAAUACCAUCACAAUGGUAACACAGGAUGGCACACCCAUCACAGUCCCCGCUCAUGACGCCGUCAUCUCCUCAUCAGGAACACACUCGGUUGCUAUGGUUACUGCUGAGGGUACAGAAGGGCAGCAGGUUGCAAUUGUGGCCCAAGACUUGGCAGCGUUCCAUACUGCCUCUUCAGAAAUGGGGCACCAACAGCACAGCCAUCACUUAGUAACCACAGAAACCAGACCUCUGACCUUAGUGGCGACAUCCAAUGGCACCCAGAUUGCAGUUCAGCUUGGAGAGCAGCCAUCUCUGGAAGAAGCCAUCAGAAUAGCAUCGAGGAUCCAACAAGGAGAGACACCGGGGUUGGAUGAUUAAUCGGAGGAACAGUGGAGCAAUACAAACCAGGAGGAGCCUCUCAUCUCUGGCAGCAGAAGUCCAUGAAGCCCGGGCCCAGGAACAUUGGGAGUUUUCCAUGCCUGAUACAUUGUACACGUUUUUAUGCAAGAGUGGAGAACAUUUUAUUCUUAACACUUUUGUGUAUAUAACCCUUGGAAUAGAUUCCCAAACUGAUUCAUUGUGUACAAGGAAGUAUGAAAUUAGGGCAGCACAGUCAAUUUUCAUGUUGUUCUUUUAUCAGACCACAAACUCCUAGAGUCUAUUUGCAAGACCAGUGAAGUCUUACAGGGUCUUAGGAUGGAAUUUUAACUUACUGUGAAAAAAAUAAAGGCUAUAGUAUCUGAAAUGUCAAAGGUUCUACAUGUCAAGCGAUCAUAAUUCCAGAAGCCAUCAUGAAUGAUAAAGGAUAGAAAGCCUUCAGCCAUUUCCCAGAGUUGGUAGAGUAUCUACAGUUUUUGUUCACUAUAUACUUACCCAUUUUUAUUUGUAUCUCAUGGUUUGAAGAUCAUUCAUUCAUUGUUUCCAGUCCCUGUUAAAGACCAGCUCUCUUCAAGCUGAAAUUAGCAUUACAUUGGAUUAUGUAUAAAAUUAUGAAGUUUAGUUAUUUAAAAUUAAAAAAAAUUAAAUACAGUGUUUGGGUUUUGUUAAAGAUUUUACUUACGGUUUUUUGUUACUGUUUUUUUAAAAAAUAAUGAACUAUCAAAGUUUGACCAAAGGUUGGUGCCCGGGAUAACAAUGCUGUAAUUGGAAAUGGCUUUACUCUGAAAAUUAGGUUAGUGGGUUGGUGUAAAUUAUUUAUUUUUGCUUAUGUACUUUUGUUUUAAAGCUUAUUUACCCUAAAGUUUAUUAUUAAUUUUGAAUACAGCAAUUUUUUAAAUGUCAAACCUUUAUAUUUGUUUUA